AUGAAAGUCUCUCUCAAGCCCAGAUCACUCACUCAUACUCAAGCUGCCUCUUUGCCAUAUGUAGCUCUCACAGCCUGGUCUGCCAUAAACAAGGUUGGCGGCUUGAAUGACAAGAAUUGCACAGGAAAACGGUUUGAUUUCAUUCUUGAUAAUGUUGGUGGAUCCACUGAAACAUGGGCUCUAAAUUUUCUCAAGAAAUGGUCAGGAGCCACAUAUGUGACUUUGGUGACUCCCUUUCUCCUGAACAUGGACCGAUUGGGCAUCGCAGACGGCAUGCUGCAGACAGGAGUCACCGUGGGUUCUAAGGCUUUGAAGCAUUUCUGGCAAGGAGUCCAUUAUCGCUGGGCCUUUUUCAUGGCCAGUGGUGUGUAUCUAGAUGACAUUGCGAAACUGGUGGAUGAAGGAAAGAUUCAGCCAGUUAUUGAAAAAACGUUUCCUUUUUCUCAAGUUCCGGAAGCCUUCCUGAAGGUAGAAAGAGGACACGCAAGAGGAAAGACCGUAAUUAAUGUUGUUUAAAUAAACACUCAGUGUGGUGAUUGUUGGCUCUUAUUUGGUGAGUGCCUCUCGGCCCAGACGUUUCUGUAACCAUUGCUUUCCAGAUUAGAUGAUAAGUUCCAUGAUAGAAGUGUAAAAAAACAGACACCUUUUUACCAGUUAUUUGUGUUCUGAACUGAGCACAGGUUCAUUUUAUAGCCCCCCCCCACCCCCCCGGUCUGUCACCCUGCCCGACAUCCCUGCGUUCCUGUUUGCCGAGCAGUCCUCUAAGCCAAGCAGAGGGACACACAAGACAGGAUAUGCAACUAUCCACGCUUGGCCUACCCUAGGAAUUGCACGGGAAGACUGCAGAGCUUUCUUCCAGCUGUUUCUUCACACCAGGUUUUCCCACUGUUGGGUCAUCUUCUGUUCCAGUAGCUCAGACUGUUCACGUGAGGUGCUAACACUCCGGGCCUGUGGCUGGAUGGCAGCAGGGAGAGGCUCCUUACAGCUACUCCUGCUUUAAAACCGUGCUCCUUGGUGCAUGCAGCUGGGCACGGUUUCCUGUGGUCACGACCACCCUCAGAGUGCCAAAUCUGUCCUCAGGGUCACAUAUAACAUUGGCUGGUGAUUUGGUUGUUGACUCUCAAGAAAAUGAAAGGGGACGCUAAAGUUUCUAACUUUUUAAAACCCUUACAUUUUGCAUGAGGGCUAGGCCUCUUUUAGCAAUUGAAACACGCAUCUCUGAGGACUUUUCCAUGGAAAUGGCAACCCUUCUCCAGUUUCUGACCUUAAACGCCUGCACUUAUCCCACUGCAGUAAGCCCACUGCAGCUGUUGAAUCUGUGACCUUUGCUCAAGGUAAGUGUCUCUUUCCUGGUGUGUUCCUCAUUACCGCACCUCAGCGACGGGCUUUUAGCUUUGGACACAGACUUGUCUUGUAACUUGCUUCUCGGCUUCGUCCUGUUAGACACUCAUUUGGUAAUGUGUUGGAUGAGGGCUUCUCUCUGGAAGUGCUGGUCUCACCAGUACAAAUAUAUUUCAGGAGAGAGAAAAUGUUCUUGUUGUUGUCAGUACCAGCCACUUUUGACUUCCCUCUGAACAGCCUCCGCUCUUUUCCUGGCGGGCUCCCAGGUGGUACAGUGAGGGGGCAGGACUCCUGAGGGAGGACCUCACCUACCCUUGGGUCCUCUCUCGGAAAGCGGAAUGUGCCCCUUCACCACUGAGUCUGGAAUGCCCUGCCUCAUUCCAGCACCCUGAAACCUGCCUCUUCCUCGUCAGUCCGCUGGUUCUGACCUGUGAUGUGUCUAAGGGUCCACGGUAAGGACGCGCUCAGCUCUCAUGCAUACAGUUAACCAGAAACAAGUUUAUUCAAGAGAGGAAUUCGACACCGGUGAUUGUAGAAUGUCUGA